GCCGCCGUCGGCCGGUGACUCUAGCCGAGGCAGCUCGGGAAGAAGAUGGCCACGGCGGAGCGGACCCCGGUCAGGGAAGGGCUCCGAAUAUUUAUCCUGUGUAUGUUCUGGUACGUGGUGAGCUCGGGGGGCAACAUCGUGAACAAAAUCAUCCUGAACGGAUUCCCGUACCCGGUGACGGUGUCUCUGUUCCACAUCUUGUCCAUCGUGGUGUUCCUGCCGCCGCUGCUGCGGGCGUGGGGAGUCCCUAAAGCGGAGCUGCCCAGCAGCUUCUACCGCUGGUACAUCCUGCCCCUAGCCUUCGGGAAAUACUUCGCCUCCGUGUCGGCUCACUUCAGCAUAUGGAAAGUGCCCGUGUCGUACGCCCACACAGUAAAAGCCACAAUGCCAAUAUGGGUUGUGUUGUUAUCAAGAGUGAUCAUGAAAGAGAAGCAAACUACAAAGGUGUACGUAUCUCUCAUCCCCAUCAUUGGUGGAGUGCUGCUGGCCACUGUGACUGAGCUUUCCUUUGAUGUUUCAGGAUUAAUCAGCGCUCUGGCUGCAACACUCUGCUUCUCCCUGCAGAACAUUUUCUCCAAAAAGGUAUUGCGUGACACAAGGAUCCAUCACUUGAGGCUGCUCAACAUUCUGGGCUUUAAUGCUGUGAUCUUCAUGCUGCCCACCUGGGUUCUGGUGGACCUCUCUGUGUUUCUAGUGAAUGGAGACCUGUCAGAGGUCUCUGAAUGGUCAGGUACCUUUGUCCUCCUGCUCAUCAGCGGCUUCUGCAAUUUCGCCCAGAAUGUAAUCGCCUUCAGUGUUCUUAACCUCGUCAGUCCGCUCAGUUAUGCCGUGGCCAACGCCACCAAGAGGAUCAUGGUCAUCAGCAUAUCUUUGUUUAUGCUGCGCAACCCAGUCACCCUCACCAACAUCAUGGGUAUGAUGACGGCCAUUGUUGGAGUCUUCCUUUACAACAAGGCCAAAUAUGAUGCUAACAAGCAGAAGAAGCUGCUGCCAAGUUCCAAGCAGGACUUGAUGUCCUUUGACAACCCAGCACUGGAGAAAAUCCAGGCCAACGGGUCAGUGCCUUUCUCCCACGGCUCAGAGCAGGAACACAGCUGGAACCCCGUGCUUACAGACCACUUCCAGUACAGCCGGCAGGCCUACACGACAAACUACAACAGCAGCAACCAUCAGUACGUGGUGUAACGGAGGUGGUCAUCCUCACUUUGGGUAGCUGUCACACAAGUCACUGUGUGCAAGUGCCCUCCCAGCAUCGGGUCCUCACACCCACCUCAAAGUUGAGACUGAAGGCAAGUGCUGUUUGUCCUGGAGAGUGAAAGUGAGAAGAGUCAGUUCUGAUGGGCUAAGGGGCGUGAGCCUGUCUACACUUCAUAUUCUUACAGCCUUUCUGUACAUCUUUAUUUAUUAUUUUGGCACAAACUGUAUAUGAUGGCUUGAUAGGAGGGGAAAAAGCAUAUCAGCCAUUUUCAGACAUGUCGGUGACAGAUCAAGCCAUGGUAUGCUGAUGUAGAAAUGUGCAACAGCUGGUAGGUAUGUACUUAUAUUUUUAAACAACCAGCCAUAAUUUAUCUUUGUUAAUUUUCAGUCAUCACUCACCCCGUCAAAUUUGCUGUGAAUAAGUUUCAAGGUUUAAAGCAGAUGGGCCUUCAACAGCAGAAUUUGUAAAACGGAUUUAGGACGAGAUUUGAUUUCAAGCAUCAGUUACUUAAUUAACAAACAAGCUUAGAUCUUGAUAUGAUCAAGGCUUGGCAUACAUCUUUUUUUGGGAGGGGGGUCCUGCUGCUGCUGCUGCUGUUGCUGCUGCUGCUGAUUUAAGGGUAUUGCAGUUUGGGACGUAGUCUCAACCAAACCUGUCCUGAACAUGAGCUGUUUGAACAAUUAUGGUGAGAGAUAUUAACUGCCAGAUGCAAGGUGUUUUGAGAUGAAAACAAGAUCUAAUGUUCUGAAAAUAAAGUUCUAGAUUAGAAAAAGUAGGGUGAUUCUUUUUUUUUUUUUUUUUUUUUCCAUCAUUAUUGUAAUCAACCAAAUUUCUGACUUUCUGCCUCAGAUCUUUGUCGGCGGGGGUAGAGUGCUUAAACUGCUCCUUUUUCGGCUUAGAAGUUCAACACGUUGCUUAAUCUACAAAAUAGGUUUUGCCUGACUUCUAUCUCGUCCCUUAAUACGCUGGAUUUCUCUUAUGUGGAUUUUCCUGGAUCGUCACACGUCUGUGCUGACAUCAUGUGAUGGGAAAUUACAAGCAUGGUGCUCUCAGUAUAAGUUAAUUUGCAGUUUAUAGAUCACAGAUGUGUAGGUUACAGAUUCUUAGAAUAUCCUUUAUCAGAGUUUUUAGUGUCCAUCAUUGUUCAUAUAUUUGGCAUUAUCACAACACCAGGAAUGUGAUCUUAAGUUCAAGCAAAAAAAUCUAAAAGUAUAGUUAGAAAUUAGAGCUCUUGGGAUUUUAUUUUAUGAUAUUCUAGUGUAUUGUAUUUAUUUUGGCAUGUAUGGUCUGAGGGUGACAAUAUGGUAAAUGUUUAUAAUCUUCACACAUUCACAGGACAUAUCUGACACUGACUUGUCGCAGCCUUGGUCUUAGUUACCAAUUGGCGUCUGAUCCAGUUCAGCUGUACUUAAAUGCUGAUUUGCAAAUGUUUGAAAGCUAAUUUCAACAUGUUAGUGCUGCCACUGCGUGUUUGUCACCGUGUGGACACUAAUAGUUAUAAACGCGGCCUGACAGUCUGGCACAGUUGUAGUGUUGACACAAGACGCCGUAACCCAGGUGUUGUGCUCGCGGUGUAAUGUCGAUCACAGAAAAACGUGGCCAGUAAGGGAAAAUGUCCAAAUUGAAACCCAUUUGCAACACUGGAGCAAACCAGGCCAGUAUUUUAUGUAUUUAUUUAUUUUUUGGGCACGAUCAAAAUUUUUAAUUGGCUAGUUUACAGUUCCUGAUGAAAAUGUUUAUUCAAUUUUUUUAAUUACACAUUUAUUUUAAACACAAAGUGUUUUAUAACAUUAAAAAAAAAGAGUGAGACCUGUUCUGGAUUUUGGAAAGGUCAGUGACCUCUUAUUUAUCUGUCUUUGGUUCCCUGUGAAACAGAGAUGCUAUUUCUUGGUCUCAAGAAGCAUAAAUGUAAAAAGUUGGCUUUUUUAAUUUACCCCCCUCCCUUUUUCUUUCUCAAGCUCUACCUGUUAUGUUCACUGUAACAGCUGCAAACAGCAGGGUAGCAGGGUUUUCCGCUUUAUUUUUAUUUCUCCGUCUUAAUAAAUGGAACAGCCAUUUAUUUGUUUUCACUUUAAGGCUUAAAAGAGUUAUAAAAAUAACAAAAAUAAAAAUCUUGUUGGUACUUCUCCAAUGUCACAUAUAUUUUCUUUUAGCCUUAACUAAGGUUGUUCUGGACUUUGAAUAGUGACUGUAUCAAGUUUGCACAUCUUGAAAUCACAAAAUGUGUUAUGCACAUUGACCAUUCGUCAAGUGACUUAAUUAUCUACUGUGUAGUUAAAAACAUUGUGGAUUUUUGGGGUGUCAACCAGAGUUGAAAACCGAGGCCCAUGUGAGAUCAGAAGCUUGGUUUGCGCAAUUAAAGGCUCAACUGUAAUUUCCUUCAUUAUUAAUAAUUGCAUUUGUUCGAUGGAUAUAGUGAUUUAUCCUGUCAUUUAAAAUUUUGUAUGAAACAUUUUUCUGCCUGAGGCACAGAGAAUGUUAGGAAGAUUUAUUUUCAUGUAUGUUCUUGUUCUGAUCCACACUCUUCAUUUGCAUUUUGGAGGCUUCAGCAUCAAGUGCAAGUCAAAGUGAGAGCUUGUUUUUUCAGCUGUAGCCCCUUGUAGCUGUAGUUAAAGGAAGGGUGAUGUAAAAAUGUUAGAGUAUGCCUUUUGUGGUACUGUUUUUAAACAUUUUAAACACUGUCACAGGGAUAAAAAAAAAAAAAACCCAUCUGGGAAGAGAUUAGUGCUUUAUAGUUUAUUCCUGUAUGAAAUUUCAAUCUUCGAUUUGUGCAUCCCUUAAAAUGUCCAGUUUUCAUAAAAGUAAAAUGUAAACCACCUUAUGAAAACUUUAGAGAAUAAAAUGACUGCGUACUUGUGACGGUGGUUUCAUUUGGCAGAGAAUGAGCCGUUUGGUUUUACAUCCAGACACAUUCCCACAUGUGUGAGAGUAAAGGUCUGAUCAGCUCGUACAAGCAGCUACAGCUGCGAUCACUAACAGAUACGUUGUCCUCCCAACAUACCUGUGGCAUCUGGCGGCUUUGGAGCCUCGGUAUUUCUGAGGAGAUUUUGGAGACCAAAAUAAUUCUCAAAGAAGAGGGAAAGCCAUUUACAGUAUCAGGUGGCAAGAACCAUCAUUUCCAUUAUAAAAUCUUCUUGUGUACCACAGUUAUAUGAGGCAUGGAUGGCUAAUGAAACUGUUUCACGAUCGCUUCAUGUGUGAACACUAACCUCCUGCAGUCUUUCUCUUGAGACAUUUGUUUUGUAAAUAUUUUCAAAAACACCAAAUACUUUUAAGAUGCAGGUGAUUUAAAUUUGCAAAUAUAUGACACUCCCUAUUUAUCGACAACUGAUGCAAUAAAUUAAGUAAAAUGUGAGCUUGUGCAGCCUCAGGUGAUUAGAUUAACUUGUGACUUUAGGAAAAUCUGUCAAGAUGCAAAGCAUGAGCUAAGUAAUUAAUAAAAAUUAAAGAUAUGAGUAAUAUGAUGUUUUUACAUGAUUUUACUCAGCAUUUGACAGAGAGGAGAAACAGCCACCGCUAAGCUUUGGAUGAUUUAUCUCUGUGCAGAUAUUUUUAGAUGCUCUUGUACUUCUCUUCAUGUCCUUUCUCAUGUUGCCAAAAGCGCAGCGUAACCCUACUCAUGCUGGUGCACCACAGGACAGAGGCCUUGUUUGCAGGUGGGCAAAAUGUAGAAUUCAUAACACAUGGGACUAAUGCAUUGUUUGAGUUCAUAUGUCUGUGUUUUUUGUUUUUUUUUCUUCUCUGUACAGUGAGCUCACUGGGCUAAAAAACAGACUUUAGCCUCUGUUGUAAAGCUUUUUACUGGGCUGUAAAUGAUAAUGAGAUGUAGAGCGGGAAGAAUUCUUUGUAAAACAUGUAUAGUUAUUUUUGUGUCUUGAACGGAGCGCAACACAAUUUUUAAAUAAACUAUGUUUAUAGACUUUUAUUUAUGGUGUUGAAGGUACAAAAAUGUACAAAGGUGCAGCUACGCACAGUCUCGUCUGCUUAUGUUUAGUAAAUACUAUUUUUAAAUGUUGGGGAAAAUAAAUGCAUCAUGAAUCCUGAA